UAGGCUAUUUAGAACCCAAAAACCAAGGUUCAAAUCUUUUAGGCUGAAGCCGGAGCUCAAUUUCCAAAAAUCAAAUCACGCCCUAACAGAAGCGCGUGGAGAAGAAAUAGGUGGGGGUGCUUAUCCCGAUGACGAAAGAUAAAGAAUUAAAGAUCACACUCCUUGAGUGCGUAGUGCGCACCUCAGUAUCGCAUAGCAUCACGACCUGCCUCUCCUCUCCGCUCCCUCCAGUUCACAGACGCCGUUGAAAGCGCCGGGCACAGCCGCAAUGCCUCUGUCAAACUCCGCUGCUAUUCCAUGCGCCGAGAAGGACGAUGAAAGAGGCGCCGCCUCAACCACGGAGCGAGAAAUCAACAGCUCUGAUAUGGAAAUAGACGACGAAGAUGAUGAAGGAGAAGAGGAUUUGCAAGGCUCUUCGAAUCGAAAUGAUGCUAGUAAUAUUGUGGAGUCCAAGGGGCAAGAUGGACGCCUGGGAUCAGAUUCUUCUAUUCCUGGAAAGUUUGAAAAGAGGAUACCAUCUAAAACCUUUAAUGUAGGAGAGAGUAGUGCUAAUUUCAAAUUUUCUAGUCUUCCAAAGGAGUCAUUGGUAACACAAAGGGAGGAUCUAUGCACAAAUUAUGAGGAGUUCAAGUAUCCAACAUCUGGAAAACAGCCUGCAAAGCAAAAUGCAACUCAAGAUUAUGCGGUUAGUGUAAAAGAUGCUCGAGUCAUUUUAGAUAGAAAAGCCCCUGAAGACCGCCAUGAACAGCAUAUUAAUAGCAAGAGUCGUUUGGUUACCAAUGAGAUUAUGUAUGAGACUACUAAUCUAUCCAGUGUUACUGGCAAAGAGGUUGCUAUCAAUGAGAUUACUUCAAUCCCGAUCAGAUAUCAUUCAGGAGGAGUUAAGGCUCUAGGUUUUGAGGAAAAAUGUAAGCAAAUGGACGCACAAACAGAGGAUGAUAAGAUGAGGAUAAAAUCAAGAUCUGCUGCUUUUCAGACUAGUACCGGAAGUCUGUCCCCUCGUGCUGCUUUUAAUAGUGGGAACAAACGCCCUGCACUUAUAUGUGACUUCUUUGCUAAAGGGUGGUGUGUCAAAGGAAGCUCAUGUAGAUUUCUUCACAUAAAAGAUAGUGUGAAUAAUCCUACACAACAGCCUGAGGAAGAUGUAGCCACAGCAAAUGGGAAAAGAGCUGUUCAGCUUGAUGAAGGUUUUAGAAAUGCUGCCGAAAGAUCAAAAUCACCUGGUUCUACUGAUUCACUGCCUUCAACAGUUGGAAAUAAGAUUGCAUUAUCUUCUCAUUUCUUUCCAGAAAGAAUGCUGCCAUUGGGGCAUGAUGAAAACCAAAGGUUGCAUCCUUUUCAUGAAAUUAAUAAGUUCCCUUUACUCCAGAGUAAGGAUAAAUCUAUGGACACUUCCCCUUUCUGUCAGCAGUUUUCUUCAUCUACAGAUGAUUUGAGACCAUCUAAGGAUGGAAGACAAAAUAAUAUAGGUCAGAAUUUGCCUGCUUCACUGAAUGAUAGAGGUAGUUCUACCUACAGGAAUAGUUUUCUUCCUGAGUAUAUAUCUUCAUUAAGUGGCUCAGUUACAUCAUUGGGCAAUAUAUCUAGUGAGAAUCAAUCUUAUCGUGUCUCAACAUGGCUUGCAUCAUUGCCUUUUAGUUCUUCACGUGCAUGCUCUCUUGGUGCUCACAAGGUGUCAGACAAUGACAGAGACCACCGUACUUCCAGGCUGUCUUCUUUGCUGCAAGGCUCUUCCCCCUUCUCUAGUUCUGAACCAGAAAACUUUCCAGUAAAUGAUAUUGUCAGGGAUCCAUUGCGCUUUGCUGAAAAUAGAAUAAAAAUUUCUUCAGAUGAUUGGGAACCAUCAAUACCCUUUCGACCAUCCUUUUUUGUCACUUAUGGCGUAUCAUCCCCACAAAGCCAGUACGAUCCUCUUCGUGAUAGCAUUGAUCUGCCCAAUGCAGGAGAGAGGUUUCUUAAAUUUUCUUUCUCUUGUCAAGUUCCAUCGCCCCUGAAUGUAGCAUGUCCACCAACAUAUGCCGAUUCUACAUCAACGGGGCCACUGGUCCCUGAAUGUAAUGGUGAUAAAAAAACUGCAUCUUGCCAUAAUAGAUACCGCGAAAAUGUGGUCAAUGGUAAAAACUAUACUUCUGGAAAAGAUUCACUUACAACUGAUGCAGAUGAUGGGACUUUUGCAGCUGACACGCAAAAUGGAACACUGGCUAGAGAAGAGAUUUCCUCAGUUGCCUCUCAUGUCAAAGACAUUUCAAAGACGAACAAAAUUGAUACUGGUCGUGAUGGUGGGCAUCAAAGUGAUGGGUCUAGAUUAAAAGUAGAUAAGGUUAUAGAAAAGAAUGAAAUAUAUGAUGAGCAUAAGGCAAAUGGGUACAUGCUCAAAGAGUCAAAAGCAAUGAGGCACUUCCGUGUUGCUCUUGUAGAUUUAAUUAAAGAACUUUUGAAACCAACUUGGCGUGAUGGUCAUCUCAGUAAAGAUGCUCACAAUACAAUAGUCAAGAAAGCAGUUGACAAGGUUCUUGGCACCAUACAACCUCAUCAAAUUCCAAUUACCUUCGAAUCAGUCAAGCAGUAUCUUUCUUCAUCCCAACCAAAAAUAGCAAGGCUUGUUGAGGGAUAUAUCAAUAAAUACGGAAAAUCUUGACAUGCUAGGCAGAAUGCUUAUGUAUUUGUACAGUUUUGUGCACAUUUUACUAAUGGAGGUCCUCAACAAUUUGUUUGAGGCUGUGUUCAACAUAUUAAAUUGAGCAUACUGGGAGUGUUUGGAUUAUUCUCAUAAAUCUUUUCAUUAAUAUUUUCUUUGUUUCCUUUAUUUGCUGUAUGUAGAAAGAAUUUCUACAAUAUAUGUAGAUUACUAGUAGUUGCUAAGUCUAAGAGUGUUAUUCUUCUUGCCUUGCAUGUUAGGAAAUCUCCUAAGGAGCUUAAGUUAAUCUUUCCAUUAGUCCAAUGGAACGGUUAAUUAUGAUUUUACUUGUAUAUAUGUAAGAUCAGUUAAUACAUUUUCUGUAAAUGGGACGCUCUUUUGGCUAUUCUUGAACUCAUUGCCUUUUCAACGUUUUUUAUGGAUACAAGGUAUGAGUGAGUAGUAAAAAUGUUUGAACUCAUUCCAUAGUACCCUGCAGUUUUCGAUAAAAUUUUAGGUGAGUUGUAAUCCAAAAUUUCAUCUUUGUGGUUAUGAUGACAUGAAUAUUGACAUUUAUGGUCUCUUAUACUUCAGGCUUAAGGAUCAAACUGGUCUAAAAUACAUGGCAGUUUUUAUUGAGGUUUACUCCUGUUUGAUCAUCUUUUUUGCUUGUCUUGCUCUGUUCGCAAUGGUUUUCAGAUUUCUGUGUUUAGUGAUGUCAUCUGCAUAUUGCUUUUCUAUGAUGUUGUCUUGCUUGUAGAAGGAGAUUAACAGGGUGAGGUGCUUAUCUCAUUUUGCUUAAGACAUACCUUUUCUUUAGUGAUUUAAUAGUAGAUAUGCCUAAGUAGUUGCUUUUGAUUUUUGUCCCUCUCCGUGAUGAUUUUGUUAUUAUAUAUUCACUUAGAAUCAUGUUGUCACUUACAUCAUCAUAGGCACUGUUAGACUGGUUUCAUAAUUCAUAGGUCAGUUUUAUGUGAUUAAAAGAAAGGAAAAAAAAAAACCUAACAAUUUGCUACUGCUAUUUUCCCUUCUAUUAAGGUUUGAAUCAGAACUAUUUGGUGAAUAGACUAUCAUGUGAAGUAAUGAUGUUAUAGUCUAUUAUAAAACUACAAACGCAUUACAUAAAAGUGAAAGGUAGCUUCUUAUAGGGAUAUAUUCUAAAUUUAGAGAACCACGAUCAUUAACAUCUACCAAUUCUUGGGAAAUUUAGCUCCAAAUCAUACUUCUUGACAGCCCCUCCGAUUUUCUUUAGAAUGCCAUAAUUUAUAUUGUUAAGUUGUUUAGGUUUGGAUAUUAACAAAGUUAUUAGAAUGUGAGAGUGAUCAUGUAAUUCUGUAACUAUCAUUGUAGUAUAUCAUCCAUUUUGAGAAAAGUAAAACCUCUUUAUGCAACUUUUAUUCAACUAUGCUAACUCUAAAAAGUCUGGUUGAUUCAGACAAAAUUCUUCCACCUCAGGUGGCAGAUUCAAUUCUGAAAAAAUGAAAAAGAAGAAUAGGCUUUCAUUAGCGUAGCUUGAUAUUUUCUUGU